UCGGAGGGUGAGUUCGGCUAAGGCUUCUGAGCUUAAGAGCCCCUGCGAGAGCUUAUAUCAACCAUCUAUAUAAAUCUGAAUAUCUUCGUUUAUCCCCCCAACUGGCGUUUAAGGAUACCUUACCGACGGAAUGGCACACGAAUCGAUCCGCCAGCAGCUUAUCGGCGCGUGGGAGCUCAUCGAAUACGUCGCGUAUCUCCCCGACGAUCCUUCUAAUAAGGUCCACCCUAUGGGCCCCAAUGCAACGGGCAUCAUCAUGUACACACCGGACGGGUACAUGUCGGCGCAACUCCUGAAGCCGAACCAGGCGGCAUUUGACACCGCCCAAGGGACCGCGAACGAAUGGGCCCAGGUCGGCAAGAAAUUCAUCGGUUAUACGGGCCAGUUUUACUUGGACGAGCGCGGGGACGAAAAGGGUCGGCCAAUCCUUAUACAUCAUAUGCGCAAUGCGAGUCUGCCGUCCUUAAGAGGGGAUAAGCAGAGGCGGCUCGUAGGAUUUAGCAACGAAAGCGACGGCAAGUACCUGGUCCUGGGCGUAGAGGGGACAGUGGCUAUCGGUACGGAGCGAAGGGUGCUUCAGUUGCGGUGGAGGAGACUGCCUUACAACGAUAAGACGACGCCGCAGGAGAAUCUUUGAGAAGAGAUAGUGCGUUGUAAUAAGUCUUUGUCAGGACAUAGAUUUUGCAAAGCCGGGUGGACAGCUGGCGAUUGGUUGGUGAGGCAUGUGCAGAACACAAUU